UAUACUCAACAUGUGGAAACGAACUGCUCUCAACAAAAUGUGGCUGAUUUCUUUGCUUAUCUGCUCCUUUAUUGCAUUCACACUUCAGGGGUCACAGUCCUCAGCACCUGUAGUGGAUACUGAAUAUGGAAAAGUCCAAGGCAAACAAUUGCUAAUGAAAGGAUUUGACAAACCUGCCAAUGUUUUCCUGGGAGUCCCCUUUGCUAAAGCCCCACUUGGAACCCUCAGAUUUGCUCCACCUCAGCCCCCUGAACCCUGGGACUAUAUAAAGAGCACUACUACAUACCCACCCAAGUGUGCCCAGAAUUCAGUCAUAUUUAACUUUUUUGAGAAGAUGAAUGAUCUGUCCUUGAAAAAUUCAGAAGACUGCUUGUAUCUGAAUGUUUACACCUCAGCUGAUCUGGCAUCAAAGACUAAGUUACCUGUGAUGGUAUGGAUCCAUGGAGGGGCUUUUUUGGGGGGUGAUGCUUCAAUUCUUGAUGGGACGUACCUCUCAGCUUUGGAGAAUGUUGUGGUGGUGGCUAUUCAGUACCGUCUGGGAAUCUUCGGAUUCUAUAGCACUGGAGAUGAACAUGCCCGUGGGAACUGGGGUUACCUAGACCAAGUGGCUGCACUCCAGUGGGUCCAGAAAAACAUUGCCAGCUUUGGAGGAGACCCAAACUCAGUGACCAUCUUUGGCGUGUCGGCAGGAGGUAUCAGUGUUUCAGCACUGAUUUUUUCUCCUUUGACGAAAAAUCUCUUCCAUCGAGCCAUUUCCCAGAGUGGAGUUAUCCUCAUGGAAUCCUUGUUCAGUUCUAACAUCAAAUCAACAGCUGAGGUUGGCUUUUGGCCUUAUAUAACUCUCUGGAAACUUGACUCCAAUUAUAGAUCAAGUAGAAAAAUUGCAGCCUUAGCUGGGUGUAAGACAACCACUUCAGCCAGCAUGGUUCACUGUCUUCGGCAGAAGACAGAAGAAGAGAUCCUGAACACAACUCAACAGCUGGAACUAUUCAGCUUGGAUUUCCUGGGAGAUCCUACACAGAAAAUUUUUUUACCACCUAUAGUUGUGGAUGGAAUAUUUUUCCCCAAAAAUCUCAAGGAGCUCCUUGCUGAAAAGCAGUUCAAUCAUGUCCCCUAUAUUGUGGGAAUCAACAAUGAUGAAUUUGGCUGGAUUCUUCCAAAGCUCCUGGGAUAUCCUCUUUCAGGAGAUACACUGGAUCAAGAGACAGCAACAUCUCUAUUAUGGAGUUCUUAUCCAUUUCUUAAAAUCCCCAAAAACCUUACGGCUGUGAUAACUAAGAAGUACCUCGAAAUGACAGAAGAUCCUAUCAAAAAGAAAGGCCUAUUUCUGGACAUGUUGGGAGAUUUGACAUUUGUGAUUCCAUCUAUAAAAGUAGCUCAAUUUCACAGAGCUUCAGGUGCACCUACGUAUAUGUAUCACUUUCAGCAUCGACCAAGCAUUUGGGGAAACCUGAAACCAGUGACAGUAAAGGCAGACCAUGGAGAUGAAGUUUUCUUUGUCUUUGGGAUCCCAUUUCUAAAAGAGAGUUUCCUGGAAGAAGAGAAGCAACUUAGCAGGAAAAUGAUGAAAUAUUGGACCAAUUUUGCUCGGAAUGGAAACCCCAAUGGUGAAGGCCUAAUAAAGUGGCCUGUAUAUGAUCAGAAUGAAGAGUACCUUCAAAUUGACAUUAUCAUGAAGACAGACAAGAAGUUAAAGGAGAAAGAAGUGGCAUUUUGGACUGAGCUUUUGUCAGAGGAGCCAGUUGGUGUCAAAAGAGAUAUUACAGAACUAUAGUUUGAAAAGAUGCACUCUCUUCCACAAGAAGCUUCCAUAAAACUUGAUGAGGAUAUCUUUCAAACUUGAGAUGGAGUCUCAUUAUUUUUUGGUGGGAGAACUUUUCAGCAUGAAAGUAAAAGAAACCAUAUGAGACCAGGGAUAAAUGAAACCAGGGAAACAUCAAUAUGUUGGGCAAUUAUUGGGAGUUAGGAGCCCCAGAGCUCCUGCACAAGGAGACAUUAUGGUAUUUUUUGUUUGUGUGUUUUGCUUUUCAGAUUGUUGGCAUUUACCUAAUGUUCUAUUAAAUGAAAUCCACUUUAUAUGUGAUUCUUGUUACCUUCUUGCCUUGUUAUCUUGUUAGAGAAUUUUAGUUUUAUCAAGGGAAAUCAAUAGGUUCACAUCUAAAAUAAGAUUUAGUCCAUAUGUGAAUUCGAAUUAGGACAUCUCUAUACAUUUUUUCUUUCUUUCUUUUUUUUUUUAUUAAAGCUUUUUAUUUUUCAAAAAAUAUGUGUGGACAAUUCUUCAACAUUAGUCCUUGCAAAACCCUGUGUUCCAAUUUCCCCUCCCUUACCCCAUGCCCUCCCCCAGAUGGCAAGUAAUCCAAUAUAUGUUAAACAUGGUAGCAAUAUAUGUUGAAUCCAAUAUAUGCAUAUAUAUUUAUAUAAUUAUUGUAUUGCAUAAGAAAAGAGGAGCAAAAUAAAAUGCAAGCAAAAAGCCACAAAAAGAGUGAAAAUGCCAUA